AUUGUGACAGCUAAAAUUAAAUGUCUAGUGUUUUAGUAAAUAAACUUUUUUUAUUAUCAUUCCUUAUUAUUUAAAUCAAUUUAUGUAAGGCAAAACCACAAAAUUUUAAGUUUGAUUCUCUGGAGUAAAUAUGUCACAUUUGCACACCCAUAAUGUCUAGCAGUAGCGAUUCAGAGGAAUUUUAUGACGCAGAAGAUAUUACAUCCAGCCAAAGCUCUAGAAACAAGCCAAGAAAAACAUCAGCAGAAAGUCUUACUAAAAGGUCCAGUUCAGUCCCGAAUUUUCUAUCAGAACGAGACAACACUGGAGAUACUAAUUUAAAUAAGUUUGAAAAUACCAAAAGCUUUGAAGAGAGAAAUGAUAAUGCCUUUAUUGAACCCAAACCUAAGCUUCAGCCUGCUGGUAGUAGAAAAAAGUUUAAAGAACUUAGAGAAAAACUGCAAAACGAGGAUGAAGAAGGUUGUGGAAAUGUCACUCCACCUCAAAGCCAAACCUCUUCUGUUGAAGGAGUGUUUGCUGCAGCCAGUAAAACAUCUCAUCCAUUUCGUGUAAUUGAACAAGAUACCAUAAGUUUACAGAGUUUCAAUUCUGUAGGAAGGAUAAGAGCCUUAACUAAUACUACUGAUUCCCGAAAAACAAUGUCAGUGUCUGCACUCUCUUCAAGUUCAUUAGACUCAGAAUCAACACAAAGCUCAAAAAAAUAUCCUAGCACUUAUGCUUUAUCAUCUGCAGGUACAGCAAAACACACGGACUCUGACAAAUCAUCUCCAGCCCCGCUUCAAGAACCCGAUGUGAUAGCCAGUACCAAAGUAUCAUCUGCUUUACAACAAAAACACAAUGUUGCGCAAUCUGGUGUUGGUAAUGUGCCUGUGGCACCACCUAGACGAAAGAAGAAAUCUAGAAUUAACGAUACACUUGCUUUAACUAAGUCUGCUUCCACUGCUACUUUUUCUGUUCCCAAAGGAAUGGUUAGCCCGGUCAGUACGAUCGAAUCACUGACUAGAGAAAUUGAAAGGUUACCCUCAAUAUCAUCUGUCAAAUCAUAUAAAUCUGAAAGAAUGAUCCAGCAUCACUCUGAUGACUCUAGAAGCUCUACAUUGAGAAGUGGGCAUUCUUUGGAUAUUAAUCAGGAGUAUCACAGUUCUUGUGAAGAAUUAGGCAAAGAAACGGCCAUCAAAGGCCAGUUUGUGGUGAAACCGAUGGACACAGAAAGCAUAAAGGCGCAAGGUACCGGGUAUAUUUGCUCAAUGAAGCCGUUGGUCGAGCAUACUAAUUCAGGGCCGGACCGGUUAACAGCCCCUACUGAAGAGAGUUCUAGCAGCAGUAGCAGGACUUCAAAUAGAAGUAGCUUGGGCCACUACAGCUUAGGACCACAUAGAGGCACUCAUCAAAGCUCUAGUCGACACACGUCCAAAGAUAGAAGAAGAUCGGCAGGUGAUGAGAAUUUGUUGUGCGGUGGUCAUAUGAAAGUUCGAACCCAUACAGAUUCCGGAAAACAACUUUCGGAUUUAGAGAUUUUAGAACAAGUUACAGUAUUAAAUUUAGACACAGAAACAGAAAUCUUGCAGAUGUUUGAUCCCUUAACUGGUGAAAGAAUUCCACUAAGCGUUGCUGAAGAUAAACUUCCUCAGUGCAUCAACCCGCUUUCUUUGCAUAUUAUGAGAUUGACAUCGGAAUAUGUGAGUUCAUCCAGUAUGGAAAAAGAAAAGGAAAGUGACGAGGAAAGUGUCGAUAUUAAGAAAACGGACAUUCCUAUUGUGGAUGAUACUGAAGCUGGAGGUAUGAGAAAACGAACUGCGAAACUAAGGAGGUUAAUAGGCACAAAUGUUAAAAAGGCAAUGGACAAAGCCAAAAGUAUCGCCCAGGAAGUAUCACAUGCCAGGCACAAAGAAGACAUAAUUGAUAUAGUAGAUAGUGUACAUCCGGGGGAACAAAAUUGCAAAUUAAAAGCAUCAAACUCCCAUAAAGGACCCUUCGAAUUCGAGAAAAUCGAACACAUUCAAGAGCUCAAAGACGAUCAACACGAAGGUUCUAUAUGGUGUAUGAAGUUUUCAAGUUGCGGAAGAUUAUUGGCCACCGCCGGUCAGGACAAGAUUUUGAGGAUUUGGGUUGUCAGAGAUGCAUAUCCGUUCUUCCAGGACAUGCGGACGAAGUAUAAUGCAGAAAAAGUAUCUCCUACGCCGUCUCAAGAAUCGCUGGCCUCACAUCAUUCCACGGAUCAUUCAAACCUCGCAGCCCUGGAAGCUCUUACUCCGGAACAAGCCAGCCGUCUAGUUUUUAUGCCAAAACCCUUUUGCACCUAUUCUGGACACACGUCUGACUUGCUGGAUGUCUCUUGGUCCAAAAACUAUUUUAUUUUAUCGUCAAGUAUGGAUAAAACAGUCCGGUUAUGGCACAUUUCCCGGAAAGAAUGUCUAUGCUGUUUUCAACAUAUCGACUUUGUGACGGCCAUAGUAUUCCACCCUAGAGAUGAUAGAUAUUUUUUGAGCGGCUCUUUGGAUGGGAAAUUGAGAUUAUGGAAUAUACCUGAUAAGAAGGUAGCAGUAUGGAAUGAAGUUGAAGGUAACCCGAGGCUAAUUACCGCUGCUAAUUUUUGUCAGAAUGGCAAAUUUGCUGUUGUAGGAACAUACGAUGGUCGCUGUAUUUUCUAUAGUACGGAUCAAUUAAAAUACCACACACAAAUCCACGUAAGGUCAUCCAGAGGGCGAAAUGCUAUCGGUAGAAAAGUUAGCGGUAUAGAACCGAUGCCUGGAGAAGACAAAAUUUUAGUCACCUCCAACGACAGUAGGAUAAGACUCUAUGAUUUAAGAGAUCUAAACGUUUCGUGUAAAUAUAAAGGAAAAGGAUAUGUAAAUAUGAGCAGUCAAAUCAAAGCCAGUUUCAGCCACGAUGGGAAAUACAUAGUCAGCGGUUCCGAAAAUCGGGAUAUUUACAUCUGGAAGACGAAUCAUGAUUAUGCGAAGUUCUCGUCUGUCCGGCGGGACCGAAACGACUUUUGGGAAGCGAUUAAAGCCCAUAACGCUGUGGUGACUUGUGCUAUAUUCGCACCAAAUCCAGAGGCCAUUAUCAAAAUGAUUGAAGAAAAUCAAAUUAAAAGUGAUGAUAGUAGUGAGGAAAUUAAUAAGGUGCAAGAUCCGGUUGUGGAGCAACAUACGAAAGGAUGUGGCGGGUACGUCCUGGUAUCAGCCGACUUCAAUGGAUGCAUCAAAGUUUUUGUUAACAAAACUAAACCGAAACACAGUUCUCUGCCAGUUUCAGCCAUGGCUUAGUAACUAAUUAUUAUUUAGGUUUCACUUGUUUAGUAUUACAUUUUUAAUGAAAUAUUUUUAUAUAAAAGAUUGUUGGAGGGAGCCAAGUGAAAUCUGUCUAUUUGCAUAUCGACGUUUCUAUUUAUAUUAAGUUCUAAUGUUUUUAUCCUUUUUUGUACUGGAAAAAAUACACCUAAAAUUAAAUCAAGAAUACAAAAACAAUAGAUGCUUUAAAAAUAAAAUAACUUUCUUUUCUUAAUUAUAAAAUUUAAGUGCAAGUAAGUUUAUUUAGGUAACAUGUUAGGUAACAUUUAAUUCUUCUUAUAAAUAUAUUUUAUUUGUUUAACGGUGUUUAACCAAAAACUACUUACUUUACACUUGAGUGAUAAAAGUAAUUAACAGAAAAAUGUAUUUAUUUUGUAUUUUCGUUUUAGUUUGUUUUACCUUUGCUGUUUUUUUUUCAUGUAAAAUAACUUAAGAAAAUAUCAAGUGAUAAAACCAAUCUGUACUUGCCCUGACUUAACGGGUUUUCAUUUUUAUUUCUCUUGGACCCAUUCAAUAAACUUUCAUCUAAAAUAUUAAUAUUGAGUCACAAAACCUUAAGCCAUAAUAGUGGAUAAACAAAUUUUAGUCGGAACGUUGCUGCCCUUGCAUUCACACCAUCGCGUAUUUUAUAUUUUGUUAAUAUCUCUUAAAUAUCGUUACUUUUUUGUGGCUGCUCAAAUUUCCCGUUAUACACACAGUUCCAACCAUACAUGAUUUUUAUAAAAUAUAAUUUAUAACCGAAAUAAAUCAUAUUAUAUUUUUUUUAGUUUUAAAAGAUUUGUGUAUACAACGUUUUAUUAUCGAAAAGGGCUCCAUGAAAAUCUGCGAAUUUUACACUUAUUACAAAAAAAUAAAUAAAAACAAGGUAUAUGAGUGUAUUUGUUGUUAACGGACCGAAUAUAUUGAAUAUUUAUUCUAUAUUUUUAUGUUUUGUGUCUGGCUUUAUAAUUAUUAAUUUUUAUUGUGCUUUUUAAGUAUUAUUUUAUUGUAGGCAUCAUUAUUUUAUUCUAUUUUAACCAAAGUUAUAUUGAUAUUGUUAAAAUAAAUUAUCAAAUUAACAA